AUGGGCACAAAAAGAGAAAAUAUUGUGGACAUCGGUGGUAACGAAUAUUCUCAACGAAAGUGGAACAAAUUCUACAGUAUCAUAAACGCUCUUAUUUACAUUGUUGAUUUAACUGCGUUUUGCAAGCCUCGGAAAGACUACCUAACAACUUUAGAGGAUGAAUGCGUUAUUGUAUUCACGAAACUUUGCAAUAAUUUUACGCUGAAGAAGUCUCAUUUUAUUGUGUUAUUCAAUAAGAAAGACGUGUUCGAUGCUCAAAAACAACCAAUGAAUAAUGGACUUCCAGGAGGUGGUGCUAAUACAACAGUUUUUAUGGAUCACACGUCACUGAGUCUAAUCAAAGCCAAAUUCUUAAAUCAUCUAACCAGAAAAAUUUAUCAGCAUACCGUAUCACUAAUUUAUCGAGAUACUUUCGAAGAAUCAGUUAUGGACAGUAUCAGCAAAAUUGCUGCAAAAAAUCUAUCUGUAGCACCAGUAUAA